CGUUCUUCUUCUGCAAGCUGAACUCCCUACAUCCUUUUUCUACUCACGAUAUAAAACUACUAUAUGCAAUGGAGUGGCAAAUGGAGAUCACCAUAAACCAAAUAAAUAGUUAAAUAGAUCGCCACUUCCUUGUUAUCUUCUUCCAUCCUCACUACCACUUAAACUGGACCACUACUCCGCGACAUGUACUGAACGUCGCAGCAAUAAUUUUUAAAAAUCUAUACACUUCAAGACUGAUUAAAUGCUUUGGAGACAUAUCUAGAAUGCCAAAGUGAAAAUAGAAAUAAGGGCGACUCACCAUGCAAAAAGUGAACUUUCUUAAAACGAAAUCAGUGUUGGUUUGCUACUAGUUCCGUCAUUUGCUGAAGAGAGUUGAGUGAAAAUUUAGCAAGGGACGUUGCGCUACCUCUUCGUCUCACCACAAUCAGCGAUUGCUAAUAAUUGAGUACGAGAAACUGAACAACGGAGACGAGCUCUCUGCUGCUUUGCAAUUCAGACUGACACGACGACGACGAGGUGGCAAAAAAUUAACACGAGAAAACGAAGCAAAGCUCCAACCGAUUCAAUUUCAAGUAUUUUAGCUCGUGCAAAUUAAUAGUUUUUUUAUUCUCUUAACUUUUCGCACAGACUUGAAUUCAUUUUAUCUGUAAGAAGAUUUGGCAACAUUUUUCAUAGAAAGUAUUUAUCUCUUUGUUGAAUGUUGAUAUAAACGCCUCACUAAAAAAUCUAUACGCUGAAAAUCUAACGCAUAGUUGACCGUCCGACGGUUUGCCUUAAAGGUUACAAAUGGGGAUCGGAAAUUGAGUACAAAUUUGAUACUUCCAGCAGCACGCUGCCAUGGCUCAGACGGAGCUGGAACAGAUCGCGAUGGCCAUGAUGAUGAUGGCCGAGGACCCAGAACGGAGGCGACGAGUACUGCAAGAACCAAUGUCGACCACGGCCGCAGUUUUGAGUCCAGGCGAAUACAGGGAGGCCACGAACACUGGCUCCUCAGUCUCAGAGGGCACAGUGCAGAAGGAGGGCGAAGAGGAAUUAAGUGACGAAGAAGACGAAGAAUUUUUGGAGAAAGAGGACGGCCAAGUAGGAAACACCAAUAAUAACAACAAUUACUCGAUAAAUCAUCCGAAUUCACUUUCUACCCCAUCACCUGCUGGAUCCCUCAAGAGUAACGAGAGCAGCAGCAGUACUGGUGGAACUGGAUGUGGAGGGGGUGCAAAUUCAACAACCCGACGCAUUUUCACACCUGAAUUCAAACAAAGCGUGUUGGACUCCUUCACUAACGAUCCGGCGUGCAUUGGGAAUCAGAGGGCAACUGCGCGCAAGUUUAACAUUCAUCGCCGACAAGUGCAAAAGUGGUUGCAACAAUUGACAGGACAGGCAUCCUCCGAUAACAACAAGGACCAGCAGCAGCCAUCCUCUGAUGAACAAGAGCAAAAAGUAAAGAAGAGUGAUAAAGAUUUGACCCCGAAUCCUCCUUCAUCAUCAUCACCAUCAGUAUCUUUGCCAAGUCGUGGGAGCAUCCUCGCUGGAAAGUGUACAGCCACCAACUCCAAAGCUAAAUCGCGUUCAAGUCGCCCGAGAGCUAAAAUGCCAAUUGUUGCUGGUAAAGGCCCACUGAUCCCACUACAAGCGUCCGCAGUGUCCUCCUCCCCUUCAGCCAGCCUGCCCUCCUCGUCGCCAUUAAUGAGCAUUAAUGGAAAAGGGCUCGGAAAUAUUCACCACCCAUUGUUCUCAAACAGCAAUUCCAAUUUGUUCAUGGGACUCGCCAGCCCCCUGUUAUCAUCGCUCCCAUUAGCACUCGAAGCUUGUAACUCGAGACAUGUUUCUCCACCACCCAUGCAAAGCCCAAGCUCAAAUGGCAUUGGACAAGUGAAUGGAGGGCGACACUCUGCCAGCCACAAUCAUAAUAACGGCAACAAUAAUAUGAACGGAAGCUUAUCCGCGCAGAGAAUGAUGGAACUGGUGGAUGAACUUUGCCACCUGUAUCCAUCAGAAGAUUUUAGCUUACUUCGGAGGGCCAUGUUAAAAAACGAAGUAUCCUUCACUAAGUUGUCGCCACCACUUCGAAAGCAUCGUAAAAACUCUUCCUCUCCAUCCCCUGGGGGGAAUGACUACAUCACCCAACAAACACUCCAGAUGAUAAAGAAUCAAAAUGAAUAUUUCCAACUUUUGCAAUCUGGUUACGCAAAUCUAUCCCAAUUUCAAGACUUAUCGGACCACUCAAAUAAUGGCAAAUACGCUUCAUGGCUCAAUAAUCCAUUUGCUGCUGCUGCCGUAGGAGCCUACAACUUACAAGGGGGGAAUACUACUAAUACUACGAAACACGGAAGUGGACUCGAUACAAAUCGAAAACAACAACGAGGCAAUAAUAAUAUUACUCUUAAUGGUAAUGGAAAUAACCACAACCAUCAUCACGACUUGUCGGCAUCUCAGCACCACAAUUUUGCUUCUCCAAAAGCUCCAGUUAGUAAUUCAAAGUCUAAAACGGUUGCAGCAGUUCUCGCCUCUCAGCGUAAUGGUCCCACUUCUCAACGCCUGCCAAACUCUUCAUACGACAAAACAAAAAGACCUUCUCAAAAUCGAAGAAAAAUGACAAAUGGUCGCCCAGUGAAAUCAUUUCCUACUCCACCUAAUAAUAAUGAUGAUGACUAUUUGGAUCCCACUUCAAUGUUGGAAGUAGUGACGUCAAAGCCGUCUCCAAUGGACAAUAUGGAGUCAUAUGGGAUGGACCUGUCCACAACCAAGGCCAAUAACACAGUAAUUCAAAGAAGUCCAACCUUGAUCACCACUUCGUCGACAAUCCGCAGUAAAGCAAUGAAUAAAGAUUACGGGUUCUUGUCAGAGUUAGGACUCGUCCGAAAACAGCAAGAGACAAAUUUAACUAAUGGGUACACCAGUCCUCCCCCAUUGUCCUCCACUGCAUCUUUGGAACAUUUCGUGGACAAUGUUCUCUCCAUGCGUCGAUCGUCCCCACACACGAGCAGCUCAGGUUCACCCCCAGGACAUGAAUUGAAUUACGCCACGAAUAAUAAUAAUAACAACAACAACAAUUUUGAGUCAUCCGACCGGUCCAAGAAUUCUGUUCUCGAGGCCUUUAACUAUGACCCGGAAUUGGCUGGUGAUGCCAGAGGUGUGGCCAGAAAAUUCGGACUAAAUAUCCGCGUUGUACAAAAAUGGAUAAGGGAGGCUCCUACUCGUUCGAUUCAGAUGAAUAAUAAUGAUCACGGCGAAAAUGGAGACGAUGCUCAAUUUGACGAUGAGGAUAACGAGAAUUUCCCUUUGCAACACCAACACCUUUACCAACAACGGAGUGUAAUUGCCAGCACCUCCACUCAUUCGGUCAACAAAAGGAAGAAUCCGAAGCCUAAUCAGAUCUGUGAUUUUACAGAAGACGACCUGGAUGAAAAUGGAGCACUAGACAUGGUUGUGCCCAUCAAGAAACGUCGCGUGUCCACCCCACCCACUCCCACCACGGCGUAAAAAAGCUCAUACAUAUGCGUACCACAAAAAUGCAACAAACCACCUCAACAAUUACCUACCUAUGCAUAAAUAUAUAUAUAUACAUAUAUCAGAAUAUUAUAUAUAAUUAAACAAGUAUCACCAGUAGUAAGACUGACUGAAGAGUUCAUUUAAUAGACUGAUGAAACGAAAAUGUGAGACUGUCAUUAACUGUCCAAUGAAGACUGAGAUUAGAUUUAUUGUUAUUCGAGAGUUUAUUUAAAGAAAGACAAAAAGUAUUUUCACAGAUUCCUGCCCUGACCAAAACGUAGUACGGUAGACCCAACUAAAUAAAUAGUAGCAAUUUCUUGUAGUAAUAUACAUGUAUUAAAAUUAGAAUAUUUAGUCCUUUUCAAGUUUUCCAGUUUAUUCAUCCAUGUAAUAAUUUGAAGAGUUAUUAGCUUGUAUUUUUGUCUCACUUACACUAUGUGUAAAUUUAUACCUGUCAAAGACGACUGCUCCAGAUAAUCAUAUGAAAAAAGUCCACACACAUUAUAAUCAGUACGUUUACGUUACACAGUCAACCACUUUUUUCAAGUUCUAUAGACAUUGUUAAUUUAUAUGCUAAAUAUAAAUGUGGCAAAUUAUUUUCUAAAUUACUAAAUAUAUACCCAAUGUCAGAAAGAUAUCAUAUGUGUCAAAUUAAAGGUACAUUAUUGUUCAUCAUUGUUAAA